AUGGAUUACUACACGAUCUUCUUUGUGAACAAGGCCUAUGCCUUCAGCCUGGACAUUAAUGCAGCCGCUGAGAACGUGCUCCGGUUGCAACAUGCUAUUUAUAAUGAAAUCCAGCUGAAAGUGCACGAUCAGGUGAUACUAACCAGCACCGGGCUUACACUUGAAGGCCACCGAAAUGUUUCCGAUUAUAAAGGGGUUGGAACAGCGGCCAAUCCGGCAUACCUCUUUGAUCGGCGAUUUUCGCGUAACGAGCGAGAAGAUCCUACCAGCAGCCAAGAAGUCAAACAACUGAGUCAUCGUAUUGAUGAAGCUAUUGAUCAGGCGCAACGUGUCGAAAGGGAGUCCGAUCCGGCGAAGCAAUACCUGGAUCUACCGGACCGAGCUCGAGACUGUAAAUCGGCUGCCACGGCCGGGGUUGCAAUGUGCGCCAGGAUGAUUCAAGAACAUACGUUAAUGGCAAAUGGUUGGAACGCUCUCGUCUCUAACAUGGAUGGCUCGGUUCAGAAAAUGCGAUCCAGAGCAGUCAGAUUCCAAAAGAACAGGGAUCGGAUCUUCGGACUUCGGGAUAAAGCCGGACCCUUGUUAGAAGAUUUCCAAAAUUGCCUUGAUCAGCUGAAGGGCAUCACACUUCCCGUCACGCUGCUUUCCAACAUUGGAAAACAUUAUGAGAUGACCCUGCAUGAUUGGAUUCAAAGCACCGAUGCAAAUGCAUCCUUGGAAGAGUUGGUCGACCAGGUCAAGAGUCAAUUCAAAAAGGCUGAAGAGUGGAGUUCCGAGCGGGUCACCCAUGAUCUGGAUCGAGUCUAUGAACAAUCCCGUUCUGCCGAUUAUCGUGAGAUUAAAGGGAUCAACAUGCGUUUGAAUCAGCUCGAAAGCGUCCUGGUGAAAGCUGAAGAUUUUGAAAAGAUCAUCACUGACCUUGUGGUGACUAUUGUGCAGACGCCACAAAAAGUUGGACCGCAGUCCCUUGUGACAAUGAUGGACGAUCAUCGCGAAGCCAUGCACAAAAUCUACGAACAUCUCAGGGAGUACAAGAAAAUGAUGACAAUGAUUCAUCAAUCCAAAAUGGAGAUCCUAACCAAUUUGAAACAACGAUUGAGUGGAUGGAUUGUUCAGGGCUACGAAAAACUCCACUUGGCCCACAAUGAGAUUGUCGUCUUUGAAGAAAAAUAUUUGGGCUUGAAGCAGAGAAUCGAUUUGGUUACCCAAAUCAAAGAAGCUCCAAUUGUAUAUUCGACGGCCGUCACCGAGAUCAUCAGACGUUCAACCUUGCAAAAAGAAUUCACUUCAUGGCAGAAGACGCACAAAGAAAAUUGCGGAAAGUUUUCCGCCGAAGAAGGGAAGCUGCGUACGGACUUCAGCAAGAAACUGGAAAAGCAUUUUUUGCGUUGUCUGUUUCCCGGGAUGACCGACGAGCUGCCUGAAUUUUACAUCAAAGACGUGCGACAUUUUGACCAGGAUCUGCCGUCAGUUGACCGAGAGUACAUCUACACACUGAAGAACGAGGUGCCUUCACUUGCUGCCGUUCUGCGUGUACCGAAACCGGAUGUGUAUGCCCGACUUCUCGUGCCAGAUCCAACAAUGCAAAGUACCAUGGCUGGGAUGCGAAGGGAGGAUUCGUUCUUCACAAACGAGCAGUUCCACCCAAUGCAAAACCUCAGCCGAGCUUUUCCGUCUGGCACAUGGGACGAAUUCGACCUGAGCUCUCCACGGGACAUCCCCACGUUCCAAGCCCGUUCUCCUUCCAUGGCUUACCUUAACCAAAGCAUGUCCCUCCAUUUCAAGCCAGCCCCAUCACUCCAGAAUCUAGAGGAAUGUCAACACGAUGCAUUGCCAUCAGGCACCCCUAGUAGCAGCAUGCCGAUCCAAAUCCCGGGAAUGCAUAUGCCCCAACACCUUAUUCGACAAAUGAGCAAAGCUUCAUCACAAUUCUCGACACCCGAUGACCAUUUCGAUGCAAAAGGGCAGCAGGAACAGUUCGCAAUGGAUGGCUGCACUCAAAGGAGCAUCACGUUGGAACAACUCAAGCCGAUCGCAGCGGAGCUUAUGAAGAUGAAAGAGGAACUAGACAUGAUAAAGUCCGAGAUGCUGGCCGCCCGAGAGAAAUUUGAAAAAGAUCUCUCACCCCUGUCUGCAAAUGGAGAAAUCUUCUUGUCCAUCCGGUCCGAGCGCACCGCACAUGAGAUCAAAGUGAAGCAGCUGGCUGAACAAUUGGAGGAUUUGGUGAAAGAAAAAGAGGAACUCAAUGGAAAGACCUCCAGCCUGGAGUUGGAACUGUCAGAAUCCAAGGAACGAUGCUUCGAGCUAGAGGAAGACUUGAAAAAGAAGACCGAAAAGUUGACGGAACUUCAAGAAUACAAGUCUGGCCAUGAAGAACAGCUGAAAGCGGUACAAAAUGAAGUCUACAAAGAUCUGACCAUACGCUAUGAAUUAGCAAAAGACGAUCUCCAGCGGGAACAUUCGCGCCAGAUAGAUGAACGCGAGGAAAAGAUCCGGAAUCUCCAUAAGGAGCUGGAGAGGAAGAAUUCUGAGAUCGAACGGCUCAAGUCAGACCCAGACACGGAUGGCUACCGCACACAGAUCAAGAACGAUAUACGCCAAGAGUUGGAGAAGGAAUAUAAGCAUCGCACCGACAUCAUCACCAAGACCCUUCAGCAAAAAUCAGAGGAAAAUAUGGCCAGACACAAGAAGGAAAUCGAAUACGACGCAAAGAAAACAAUGUUGGACUUGCAACAUCAGUUGAAAUGGAUUACCGAAGAACGGAAUCGUCUGAAAACGGCCAUGGAGGCCACUGAAGAUCAAAAAGCUGCUGUUGAGAAGAUCACCCAAGAAAUCGAGAUUGCAGCUUCGAAGGACGCUAGUGAACUUCAUGUGUCGUCGAGCUACGGGGCUUUCUCAAGGAUUUCGGUGUUGACUCAAACUGAUACGCCGAUCCACACCCCGGUCAAUCCGUUGAGUCCUCUUAUGUUGCACGAUCUAUCCAGCGACAUGUCGACUUCACUGGAGCGUCGUGGUAGCAUGCCAAGUCUCAAUAGCAGCAAUCCAAUGGACCAAUCCAUCAUGCCGGUCAACGCUAGCCAAUUCUACCUGGACUCAUCGCACCCUAGCCACGAAGACUUUGGACGAAUUCAGUCUCCAGAUCAGGUGCAAUUUGGUGAAAUCGCUACCGAGGAUGAUAGCCGGGAGAUGGGUACGCAGACAAAGCUGUCGAUGAAGACCGUCGAAACCAUGGUCACCAUUCAAGACGUUACGGACGGGAGUACCGUAUUGAUUUUGUGGGAUGAUCGUCAUCGAGCGUAUGUGCUGUUCUCGAGCUCUCCGUUUAUCCACUUUGUGAAGGAGUCUUCCCUUCGUCGGAUGCAGUUGUCCCUCACAAAUCCUAAGAGGACCUGGAUCCUUGGCCGGGUCAUUAAAGUUGACCUGUGCGUCAUCAAAAAACCAGAGAACCGCUACAAACUGCCAAUCGAGGCUCGCGUCUACCGUGUCGAAGUGGAGCCCGUCCCCAUCGAACCACCACCAACGUCGAGCUCUCGCUCUCGCGCUUCCACCAGCGCAAAU